AGGAUCAUUCUGCUUGAAACAACGCUAAUAUUAAAGCUUUAUCGUGUUGUUUCAUCUCAAACGAUUGUGUGAACACACGACUUGAACAGUUAAAUAUGAUUAUCUAAAUUAUAAUAGUACAGUGAAAUUGUAAAUGAUUUAUUAUACGUUGUACAACACUUUAAACACAUGCUUUGCAAAUUCGCCUCAACUUCCAGUGAUUAAAACGGUUACCUUUUCAAACGAGAGCGGCCUGUAUCGCUAGCAGCAAUGUUACUCAUCAUUAUUUUCAUGUAAGAUGUUAUGAGCAGCUGAAACAGAUUUGAUUGUGGCGCGUGCUUCCGUUCAAGAUCAACUGACACGAGCACGCGGAAGAACUAAAGCUUCAUUCGGAACGUAGUUUAAAAGUUUAUUUUGAAAACACAAAGAACAAAUUUCAGUCUUAUGAGCAGAGAAACGUUUGUGGUGGUCCUCGUUUGAUGCGUCUUUCCUUCUGAACUGUCAUUUGACUACAAUGGCACACAACGAGUCAACGGUUGUAGUGAAUGGAAGUCAGGUGUCCUGCAUUGGGCAUGAUUGGGAAGACAUUCCAGAUUUUCUUGGGGCAAAAUAUGGAGAAGUAGCAAGAAGAUUAGAUCUCAGCUUCAACCAAAUGAGGUCACUGACAGGCCUGAAAGCAUUCAGCCAACUGGAAGAGCUGAUUGUGGACAACAAUCUUCUCGGAAAUGACCUCCGGUUGCCCAGGUUACCACGGCUCCAUACCUUAACGCUCAAUAAGAACCAAUUCACUGACAUCGAGGCCCUGUUGGAGAAUUUGGCAGAAGUGACGCCAGCGCUGGAAUACCUGAGCCUUCUGGGAAAUGAGUCCUGUCCCAACCAACUGGUCAGCAUGGAUAAAGAUGAAGACGACUAUCAGAGAUACAGGUCCUUUGUGCUACAUAAGCUGACAAAGCUGAAGUUCCUGGACACCAGGAGAGUGACCCAGUGGGAACGGUCAGAGGCCGAAGCACGUGGAGCUUUCAUGAAGGUGGUCAAGCCAAAAAAUGACCAAGAAGAGUCUGCUCUCCACCCUCACAGAUACUGGGUGCCUCUCGAUGUUUCGGCGAGGGAACUCUCCAGCUUUGGGGGCGUUUUCACCAAGUGCCGUUAUGUCUACUACGGCAAGCACUCAGAGGGCAAUCGAUUCAUCCGCAAUGACCAGCUCUGACUGACAGACGGGUCAGUGGAUACACACACGAGGGGCUUUACAAAGAUAUCUUGCGCAUAUUAUUAUAAAUAUACAUGUUGCCACACACAUUUGAAGCAGCUGAACACAGCCCUCUAGUGCCGUCUGCUGAGUGUGCCUUCCCUGCCACCUCCCAUCGCUCUCGCUCCGUCUGAGCAGUGCCAUCCAGAUUGACAUGAUUGCCUUUAAGCAGCCCCGCUAUGCCACAGUGACAGAAACACACUCGUCUUGACAGCCGCGGCUCCAUGAUGGAUUGCCUGGUCCAACUGCUGCUCUCCCCAGGUCAAAGGUCCCACCUGAGGCUUUGGGCUGCCCACACGGAAGCCCAGGAUGAGCGUCCCUCAAAGUCAAAGCUAAAGUUAAAGAGAAAGAUCAGGGGAAAGUGCCGCUUUUGUUGGAGUUUUACACUAUAACCAUCAUUAAAAUUAAACUUUAUUGCAUGGUUUUGUCACCAUGUAAUUUUCUGGACAUUACUGUAGGCAGAAUGUCAGUUUCAAUCUUUGAAAAAAAGGCUAAUAAAUGUAAACAGAUUUAAUUUAGUUUGUUUCAAUUUAUUAGCCUUUUAAGCAUUAAAUAUAAAAGACGUGUCAGGCAAGUGCUCAACAUCAAUUGGCAUGAAGUGUUUUUAUUUUUAUUUUUUUUAAUAUACAGAGAAAUGUCAUUUUAAAAUUAUUAGCCAUUUUUAAACACACCUUUAAUUUAUGGUUUUAAUUUAUGAUUUAAUCUGUGUUAUUGUGUUUUAAUGAUCCAAAGCUGUAUUGAAUAUUUUCAGCAUGAGUGUUUUCAGAAAUGCAGCUGCGAGGCCCUCACAGGCUCUUGACUCUGUGGCAUGUGUAUGUUUUGCGUGUUUGUGAGGUGCAUGUGCAUGUCGUGUGCGAAGUUUGUGUGUUGCGGGGGCAGCUGUUGCAAUGCCGGAGCCUGGAGGAGCUGUGAAAGAAAGAGGUAAUGAGCUUUGCUUUAUUUCAUUCUUUCUCUGGAGGGAGAGAGCAAAGAAAGACAGCAGCUCUGGCAGUGAAAUUGGAGGAGGUGGAUGUACAGUAUGCAUGUGUGAGAGGGGAGUCAACAACUUCCUCCAGUCUUUUUGAUUGUUUCCUCGUGCGGUUUUUGGACCUACUGUAUUCACGUUAUUUUAAUGAUUUAUUUUCUCUGUAUGUUUUGAAAAAUCAAUUUAAAAAAAAUCCGUAAUGGCCUUUGUUGUGCUUUGGAAACAGAGUUUACAAGCAGUGGCCAAAAAGUUGGGCAAAUAUUUGAAAAAUCAACUCCAUUAGGUACAGUGAGGGUGAUGAAUGUUUUAAGUGCAUCCAAUUUAUUUUGCCUCCUGUGUUGUUGUUGUUUUUUGUUGUUUGUUGUUUUUUUUCAUAUUACAUUCCACAUUUAAAGUUGAGCUUUGAAGUCUGCGUAGCCAAAGAUCCACUGCAAAACCUUGUUAAUGUGUGGUUCCUUUAGUUUAACUUAUUUUCCUUUUUGUGUGUGUGUGUGUGUGUGUAGUAGGCUAAACCUACCGUUUAAUUUCCAUAAAGGUACAUAUGUAAUUUAAAUAUUAUGUAACUGAGUGCAUAAAUGAACGUGAGUAAUCUUUAACAAUAGCCGAUAUUAACGGUUUACGCGAUCUUGCUCUUGAUUUUAUUACUUUUAUUAUUUUUUUAUUAUUAUUUCUUUGCCGGUAAGCAAAUAUAUCAAACAAGAGCAUCUACGGUUAUUCACGUUGGCCAAAACACACAAGGAAACGCGUUGUGAAUUAAUACAUCACCGGAAAUCACAGACAUUCGCAUUAGUUUUCUCAAAGGAUCACUGAGUUUGCUGAAAAACAGUAGUUAAUUUGCUCUGGAAUUAUCACAGAGGUUGUGUGAGAAAAACACAGACGUGGCAGAUUCGGACGGGUCACCAAAUCACCAAGUACGUCUGUGAAACACAGAUUUCUCUAACGACCCCCUGUAAAACUAGUCCCGUCCGAAUAGGGCUUUCGUUAUUGCUUCAAUGCAAAGGAAACCAGUAUUUGCAUUGAAUCUGUGUAGAUUUGUCUUAAACUUGCCCAAGAAAUUAUAUAUAUAAGUUAUUGGGCAAGUUCAUUUGAGCCAGAUCUCUCUCUCUCUCUCUCUCUUUAAUUAUUAUUAUAAAUAUCGUUUUUAUGACUUCAUAUUGAUACAGACUUCAUAGUAUCUGCACAUUUGCUUGAUUAUUUAACUGAACUGCAAUUUGUCAUCUACACAUAUGUAAUCAAACAAUAUAAUGGGUAGUAUAUCACUUGUAUGUAAUAAUUGUUUAAAAACAAAUUCUUAUUAAAAUGUAAUCCCAAAAUCAUGAAACAUUAUUUUGAUUAAAUAACCAUGAUCUAAGGUAGAUCUUAAGCAAUAAAUAAAUAAAAUUACUUUGAUAAA